GGUGUCACCCUGAUGGCAGCUUACCUUCCUGGCAAGGACAACAUCCGAGCUGACGCUCUCAGAAGGAAUUUCUUCUCCCAGCACGAAUGGGAGCUACACACGGAGGUCACCCGCAACCUCUUCCAACGAUGGGGCUUCCCAAAGAUAGAGCUCUUCGCCACUCGCAGCAACAGGAAAUGUCAUCACUACUGUUCUCGAGUGGGCACCGGAGCAGGCUCUUUGGGGGAUGCCUUCCUGCUGGACUGGAGUCGUCACCAGUUGUUGUACGCAUUUCCCCCUCUCCCGCUUAUCCCGAGGGUGCUGGAGAAGGUAGCAGCAGACCAGGCAACAAUAAUUUUAAAAGCACUCUUCUGGCCCCGGCAGACAUGGCUAACUCAGUUGUCAAGGAUGUCAGUCGUCGAACCGAUACAGCUACCGGUACUGUUCAAUUUGCUGUCUCAACAGCACGGCAUGAUGAUCCACCCGUGCAUCGACCGCAUGUACCUGAUGGCAUGGCUCCUAGCUGGCUCCAAGGGUUGGAGUUCAUGUGUUCUCACGAAGUGAGACAUGUACUAAUUAACAGCAGACGCCACACCAUGUGCAAGACUUACCUGCAGAAAUGGUGUCGCUUUCAAGCUUGGUGUGCGGCACGGGAUCUCGACCCUCUCUCGCUGCCUAUCCAGCAGGUAUUGGAUUAUAUUUUGUAUCUGAAGAUGACAGAGUUGGCAUGUUCUUCUCUUAGAGUGCACUUAGUGGCAAUCUCCGCUUUCCUUCUGUCCAUCGGUGGUUAUUCACUGUGUACACACCCCCUCACCAAGAGGCUUUUUAAGGGCCUGGACAACUUAUAUCCAGCUCAUAGGAUUCCUCCGGAGCCAUGGGACUUGGCGUUAGUAUUGGACACUGUCACUCGCCCUCCUUUCGAACCGUUAGCAUCGACUGAUUUGAAAGUGGUGUUCCUCCUGGCUAUUACAUCCGCGUGGCGAGUGAGUGAAUUAACAGCUCUCUCGGUAGACCCACUGUACACACAGUUUUCCAGUGAUGCCGUGGUACUUCGUGUACACCCGGCCUUUCUGCCAAAGAUCAAUUCUGCUUUUCAUAUAAAUGAACCCAUGUGUUUUACAACGUUCUUCCCAAAGCCUCAUUCUUCUCCGGAGGAGUCCCGUCUGCAUACUCUAGAUGUUAGACGAGCGCUGGCUUUUUAUCUCGAAAGGACGCGUAGUUUUCGAAAAUCUCAACAACUAUUCCUGUCUACAGCUGAACGUUGCAAGGGCAAACAGCUCUCUGCACAGCGCAUAUCAGGCUUGAUUGUCUCCUGCAUUAGACGUUGUUACGCUUUACGGAACAAACCCCUGCCUGACCGAACCCGAGCUCACUCUACUAGGGGCAUGGCAGCAUCCACUGCCUAUCUUCGCGGAGUACCAUUACAGGACAUAUGCCGAGCAGCUACCUGGUCCUCUAAUCUUACCUUUGCUAAACAUUACGCUCUUGUAAACUCUCUGAAGACCGACUCAGCAGUAGCUCACGCGGUCUUGUCUGCAGUGCAGAACCGAUGAUUCCGAAGCACGCAUUUGUCAUCGGACCACUGCUGUGGACUCACCUCUAGUGGAGCACCCAUUGGGGACACUACUCGAUGAA